GACGUCUCUGAAUUGAAUCCAUCAUACCUAUGAUAUUUGUUCUCCUAAAUAUUAUCCCGUUUUAACAGCCUUAAUAAAUUCAUCCAAGUUUGCUACGAUGGUUAAAGUUUUUGUUCUCGGAGCAUCAGGUUUUAUCGGCUGUGAGCUUCCCUGCGCGCUAAUACUUCUCUCCUAAGUAAUAUGUCUAACUUAUUUCCCAUAGUCGCGGUUGCUCUUGCCCUUCGCCGCAAUGGCCAUAGAGUCUAUGGCCUUGUCCGCGAUUCUGCCAAGGGCGUCAGCCUAGCAAUGCACGAAAUCACUCCCGUUAUAGGUGAUAUACUUCAAUCUGCCUCCUGGACCUCUGUGAUUGAAUCUGAGGGGAUAGACAUAAUUAUUGAUUCGUCUAAUGUCGGUCGAGAUUCGAACAAAAUACUCACCGAAGUCAAAAGAUUGGGAGAAGCUCGGUUGAAAGGACUUAAGCGGGGACCAAAUCUUGGCUUCAUUUUGUUCUCCGGAACAUGGGUUCACGGAGACCAGCCGGAUGCGAGGGAUAUUGUGAACGAAUUGACUACUCCAACUCCUUUGGAGGUGGUGGCCUGGAGACCGGCCGCGGAGAACCAAUUAUUGAGUUCGAGUGAUGUUUUGGAUGCCGUAGUUAUCCGACCGGCGAUGCUUUAUGGCGGUAGUGGGAGUAUUUUUUCGAAGCUUAUAGCUCCCAUCACUGCGGCGGUCAAGGAAGGAGCUUCUGAAGUGAAGGUUUUGGGGAGAAAAUUCGAGCUGGCAGUGAUACACAAGGAUGAUUUAGCUGAUUUUACCGUUAGAGUUGUAGAGAAGGUAGGCAGCUCUUUCCUUCUCUUUAUUUUUUCAAGUUCGAUAGAGCGGGGGGCUGACUUUCUGCAGAUAUCGUAUGUGGGGGCUUUGUCAUACCCACUUUUUGACAUCACAGCUCAGCACGAAUCGUACACGGAGAUCAUUGAGGCCGCGGCGAAGCAUAUGGGAUUUACGGGAUCUAUCGUCUAUAGAGAUCCGGAAGGGCCUAUGGCAGUGUUUGAGCGGGCGAUUCUCACCCAGUUCAACACUAGCAGUGACCGGGCUAGGACUUAUUUGGGGUGGGAGCCGAGGCAUAGGGAUAUCAUGGGGCAGAUUGAUGUCUAUACCGCUGCUAUGGUCGCAAAUCAGUAACUGGGGAGUGGAUGAUGCCUUUUUUUAUUUUUAUUUUUUAGCUCUUACGAGUCAGGAAUACAAAAUCUUUGGUAGUUACCA